AUGAGCCGUAAAACUACCAUUAAGGCGGAUCCCAGCCCGUUACUCAAAGGCAGCUCCCAAGACCAAGUCGAGCAUAUCGAAACACCACCCUCUCCACUUACAGAGUUGGGAACUACCCCUCCACGCGAUACCCCUAUGCCCUCGAACGAUGAUGAUGUUAUAAUUAUGGAUACUAACAGCAGUUCAUCGAAGGCUGCUAUUGACAAUAACAUCGUGAAUAACACCCUCGAUACUAGCAAAGUCAUGGAUGAAGGUGCUAGGAUCACCUUUAGCUCUAGUGGGCCCUCUAGAGGGGGUGAAGCUCUCCUCGGAGAUACCAUGCAGGUCGUUAAGAAAUCAUCAAGCAUGGGAUAUGACAUGCUAGGAGAGGACAUGAGGGAUAUGGUUAAUACCAUAAACCAGCUGAGGAUGAAGGGCGUGGAAGAUUUGGGACUGCCGCUACCGAGAAUUGCAGUCAUCGGAAAUCAAAGUGCGGGCAAAUCAUCAUUGAUUGAGGCUAUCAGCGGAAUCCGAGUUCCACGAUACGCAGGCACAUGCACCCGCUGUCCCCUGGAGAUUACUCUGACUGAGGAUACUUCACCACUUGCACCUUGGAAGUGCAAGGUAUCCUUACGUUUCCACAAAACGUAUAACCCCAAGAAGAAAGGCGAUCCAUGGACGGAAGUACAGCACACACAGCACCCUUUCAUGAGUAUCGAUGACCCAGAAAAUGUUGAGGCUGUUAUCAUCAGAGCCCAACUGGCGAUUUUGAAUCCUUCCAGACAUUGGGGUGAUUUUACUAGCAUGCCAGUCCAAAUCGUUGGUAAUACCGCGACAACCGAAGUACCAUUCUCCCCGAAUGUUAUUUGUAUGGAAAUCACUGGCAACAAUGUCCCCAAUCUCAGCUUUAUUGAUUUACCUGGUAUAAUCCAUGUAACAGAAAGAAAAGAGGAGGAGUACUUGAUUAAAUUAGUCAGAAAUCUCGUGGAAGGUUAUAUAAAACAGGAGGAUUGUCUAAUCCUUCUAGCAAUGACAAUGAAAGAUGACGCUGUCAACCAGUCAGCUGCUCAGAUGGCUCGAAAGCUGGGGCCGAAUCGCACGAUUGGGGCUCUCACAAAACCAGAUACCGUUCUUGGAGGAGAACAUGACCAAUGGAUUAAGAUCCUUCGCGGCCACGAACAUCGUUUACCCCACGGCUACUUCGUUACUCGACAGCCAUCUCAACAACAACUUCUGAGGCGAAUCAGUCAUGCCGAAGCUCGUCAUCUCGAAGACGAUUUCUUCAAUGGCGAGGAACCCUGGAACACUGAAUUGGCCGACUUGAGCGAACGUUUUGGAACUAUCAAUCUUCAAAAGUAUCUAUCAAAACAACUCGCCAACCUCAUUCGCCAACGCCUCCCCGCCAUCAUCAGAAAUGUCCAAAACCAAAGCGCACAGGUCCAGAUGCAGCUUGAAAAGCUUCCUCCACCACCAGCUGAUAGCUUGCGCCAAGUUUUGAGACACUCUCUAGAGAAGUACUUUUACCGACUCUCGGAAACGUUCGAUGGCCGUGGCGACGAUAAUAAGUUUUCGUAUGAAUGGCGCAAGAUCGCGGCCAGGCUCAAGGCGGACUUGAUAGCACUCAGGCCGCGCGUUAAUCCGGACGAAAAUUCUCCUCGAAACCCAAAUUCGCCGUUUACGCCCUCCGCCGCUAGAGCUAGCUCGGUUUCGUUUUACGGUAGCUUCUCUUCCGCGUCUUCUACUCCAUCUAAGCGCAAACGCCCAGGUAGCCAUGAUGACCCACCAGAUGGUUCUUCCUCGGAUCCCUUUAAUGCAGGUUCCAACGCUGGAGGACCUCCGCCUCGUAAGAAGGCUGCCGUCGAGCCACGCACCCCGUCAAAGAAGGUGAUCUCUGUGGAAGAAGAUGAAGUCCUUGAGACAAAUUUAGCCCUUGAUACACCUACGGAAUCAUCUCAAUCCAAGGCCAUGCAUCUCCAUGAAAUUCAUGAAAUUCUCGAAGUCAGAGGGGCCACUGGAAUCCCCGGAAUCGUCGAUCACAAGGCUGUCGAAACCCUUUCCAGAAUGCACAUCCGCCUGUGGGAUAACUCUGUUAAGGCGUUUAUAAGUGAAUUUGAUAGCCUUCUUUAUAAUCACACCCACACAACUUUUGCGAAUAUUUUCUCCCCUUAUGAACUAUCCCCACUAUACUCACAUAUGAGCGGAAUCAUCGACGAGUUCCACGGAAUCAUGAUGACCAAAAUUCACAAAUCGAUUUCCAAAUGCUUCCGUAUCGAGGCCGAAUGUAUCUACACAAUGCAAGAUCGAGACUGGAACCGCGAGCAUGCAACUUGGAAACAGGACAAUGACCGCCGACGCAAACGAGCAGUUGAAGAACAGCUAGCUAUCAAGCAACAACGUGCCCAGGAGCGCCACAACCAAUCCGGUAGAAAAGGCAAAGUUGAAAUAGUCGCACCCGAUGGCCCUGAUCCAUACCAAAGGGAACUUGAUACUUUUACUCAUACUCAGGCCUAUUUGGGUUUGGCCCGAAGAAGGUUUGGAGAUACGGUCAUGAUGAGGAUGAUCAAGGGGAUCUUCACAAAGUACACAGUCCAGGGAACAUUUAGAGAGCAUGUUGAGCAACAGUUGGGGCUCCGAGAAUUGGGCGAGGAUGAGCAGGAGAGGAAGUGCAGGGAACUUAUGGUAGAAGACCCUGCGAAGGAGCGGAUGAGGACUUCAUUGGUGAGCAAGAAAGAGUUGUUAGACAAGGCUUGGAUGGACUUGGAGCCAUAUCAAGCAUUUGGGGGUGUUUAA